GGAAUGAAAGCAAGAUAGAGACCAACUCGCUUUUGCGGACGCUGCAAAGUGAGUGAAGUUUGUGACGCCAGUUGAAGCAAGGACUGGGAAGCGAAUAGGAGUACAAGACUCUCUGAGGGGAAGCUCGGAAUCAUGCAGAAGUAUUGUGUUAUCGCCUUCACUCUCACUGUGCUCAGCCGUGCAUCAGCAGGGACGAUUGCAGAGGCAAAUGCAUACAUGGACACAGUGCUCGAUCACUACCUGCCAACCCUCGUUAGGAGCACACCUGUUCUCUACCCCUUCGUUAGUAUUCCAGACUUCCAUUUCAAGAUUCUGAAGACUGGAAUCACGAACCGUGACCUGAAAGUUAAUAUUACUGAAGGAGGGAUCCACGGCUUCGACAAUGGUGUCCACCGCCUGGGCAACUGUGAGAACCCAAUUCUGGUUGACGGAAACACCACUGUCAACUGCGUGCUCAACAUGACGGGCAUCGGCGCAACACUGACUGCCACGACCAAGGGAGAUACCCUCGUGGGCACGAUCAAGACCAUCUGGGUGAACGUAACCCUCAAGAGAGAGACCGUGCUAAAGGUGGCCGUGACUGCGCUGACGCCAAGGCCGCCGUCCUUGCAGACUUUCUUUAUGGAGAAACUCAAGCUGAGCACUAAGUACGACAAACAUCUGAGCCUAAAUGAAGACAGAGAGGAUGAGUUCGAAGAUAUCAUUGAGGAAAAGGUCAAGGACUUCCUCAUCUCCGCAGUGUACAACCCUUAUAAAACACUGUUCGACAGAGCAGUCCAACAGGCCCACCAGGCUUUCCCGCGUGCCUGAACACUGUAGGUUAUGAAAUUUACAUACGUACAAGCGAGAAACUCUCUUAAUGUACCUCAUACCUGUUGUCGUUACCUGUUCGUUUUCUGGACUGCGCUGGUUGGCUGCUCAGGACCUCAAUAAAGUAUUUUGUCUGUGUGCAAAAAAA